UUAGGUCUGUUUAUUAUUUGUCACGUGCAUCUGAGAAGGAGGAGCAUUUUGCCUUCCUUAUUCUCUCACAUACAAACAGUUACACCAAUUGACAGAAAAACUCGGACACCUGAGCAGCUCACGCACAUUCAUAACCAUGGGAAAGAUCUACCAGGUCAUCGUGAUUGGAUUCAGAGGGGAGAAAAUGUUAAUAGACGUGAGCAAUACGGAAGAACAAAUGAACAGUAUGACAGUACUGCAACUGAAAAGUAAAAUUUCUGAAAGACUCCCGGGGAACUCAGGGGACAAUCUGGAGACCCUGCGACUGAUCUUCACAAACAAGCAGCUGGAGGACUCAUCCGUGCUCUCCUCAUAUGGGAUCCAGAACCAGUCUGUCAUUCAGCUAGUGAUGAGGGUGCCUGGGGGAUGGAGACAUUGACGAUUGGAGAGAAGAGAGAAUCUCUGCCUGCAUUUUGAUGUCUUUUUAAUACUGUAGUUAUAUUAUAUUAUAUACUGUUAUAUUAAUCUCACUGCCAAUCCCAUUGCCAAACCACACGAAGGAACUGAUGUUGAUAAAUGUAUGGGCUCUUUUUUAAACAAAAUAUAAACAACAUGUGGCCAGAAAGCAUUUAGUUUAUUCUCUGAACCUGCUACCAGAACUUCUCAAUUCAUUUUUAUUUUAUCUGUGACUUCACUGUAUGGAAGUCUUCAACAACAACAAUAUUCAACAAUAAAUUAAUGUUCUACCAAUUCUGGA